CAUAGUAUAUUUACUACGUUCACGUGACAUGUGUUCGGAGAGGCUUCGUAACUAAGCACAUCAGGUACGAUGGCCAUCAGGAGAGCAAAACGAUGUAUAAUGUAUCUGACUGUGGUAGUUACAUGCAUCGUCGUAUUCACCUACAACGUUGCAACUGUGCCAACAACUAUUACCAUCGCUCUGCGAUCACAGCCACGGGGUUCAAUAGUUCCAGUAACCAACAGCAGCACCCUGCCGUCGUCUCCCGGUCCACAGCCACGGGGUUCAACAGUACAAGUAACCAACAGCAAUAUCCUGCCGUCGUCUCCCGGUCCACAGCCACGGGGUUCAACAGUACAAGUAACCAACAGCAGCAUCCUGCCGUCGUCUCCCGGUCCACAGCCACGGGGUUCAACAGUACAAGUAACCAACAGCAAUAUCCUGCCGUCGUCUCCCGGUCCACAGCCACGGGGUUCAACAGUACAAGUAACCAACAGCAGCAUCCUGCCGUCGUCUCCCGGUCCACAGCCACGGGGUUCAACAGUACAAGUAACCAACAGCAGCAUCCUGCCGUCGUCUCCCGGUCCACAGCCACGGGGUUCAACAGAACAAGUAACCAACAGCAGCAUCCUGCCGUCGUCUCCCGGUCCACAGCCACGGGGUUCAACAGUACAAGUAACCAACAGCAGCACCCUGCCGUCGUCUCCCGGUCCACAGCCACGGGGUUCAACAGUACAAGUAACUAAUAGCAGCAUCCUGUCAUCUUUCCCCGGUCCACAGACGCGGAGGUCAACAGUACCAGCAACCACCAACAAUUUCCUGCCAUGGCCUCCUGGCACACAGAUACCAGAAACUGCCAACAGCAUACUAGACGCAAAUGAACUGAGGAGAAAAAUAAAACUUUUUGAUGUCGUGAUAACCGAAAAGGAGAGACGGUCCUUUGAAAUCCUUCUCAAAACGUUUAUGAAAGCCGUAGCAUCUAACGUCACAUAUUUUUUGUAUUCUGGUUCCUUGCUUGGUUCUUAUCGUCAUCACGGCAUGAUUCCUUGGGAUGACGACCUUGACCUUGUGGUGCGAGCUAAGGAUGUACGACGAUUGGUCACCUCACUGUCCAAACUAGCACCACAUUUUAUUAUCAAUAAAGAUGGUUCUCGCAGAUGGAAGUUUUAUCAACGUACAUCAAACAAUAUACCUGGAUUUUCGUGGAAAUGGCCGUCGAUAGACAUAAGCUUUUACAGAGAAAAUAGGACCCACAUUCGAGAUCGUGAUGGACUGUUUCCUCGCUUUGUGUUUAAACGGACUGACGUAUUUCCUCUCGGCAAGCGACCUUUCAUGGGCCUCCUUCUGCCCACGCCGAGAAAUACAAAAGGCGUCAUACUCCAAACCUAUAGUAUCAGUGUCUGUCAGAAUACGCCCUAUGAUCACAGAUGGGAGCGAUCUAUCCAUGCUAGCAAACAGGCAACUCUGAAGUGUGACCUGUUGAAGGCCAUCCAUCCAUUCGUUCGGCGGGAAUACAGCUCUAAUGGUACCAUGGAGAUUCUCGAGAGGAAUAAUACACGCAUUGGAGAGUUCUUCCUCUAUGACAGGGAUCAAAGUAGUAAAGUCUAUGACUAGAAAUAUGGUGAGGACUGAGCCAUACUACUGUUCGAAGGUAGAUUCCCCGUAAACCUUCAUUAAUUACUUAUGUGAAGGCAAAUUACAUUUGUUUCUAUUCAUGAAUCCUUUAUCUUGCGUUCUCAACACGUUAUAAACAUGUAUAUGAUACGUUAUGAAACGUUAUAACAUGUUUAUGAGCGCAUUGUUAUUUUAUAAUGCUUGCUUAUAUAUUAUAUAUGUUAGGUCCACGAGAACACUACAUACAUGCUGAUUAUUUCAAUGUUUUUAUAACCAAUGAAUAGAUAUACUAUGGAAUACUGUAAUGGACAUUCUCUCAAUUUCGACGUUUGGAAACGAGCUAAAAAUGCCAAAAACACGAGAAUGCGAGAUCGCGAAAACGUGAUAUUUGGCCAAAAUCUCGCGUUCUCGAGAUCUCGCAUUCUCGCGUGUUUGAUACAUAGAACUUUUUGUCAAAAGUCGAGAAUGCGACAUUUGGAGAUGAUGAAAAACCUUGCAAUUUCGACUUGGCAAAUUUGGCCACAAAAACACAAAUUCGCGAGAAUGCGACGUUUCAUUUUUUCGCGAUCUCGCGUUCUCGUGUUUUAGAGUAACGUGCGCAUGCGUAAUAUCAAAAGGUCAAGGCGCGUGCGCACGUUAGUAGUCCUGUGGUCAUGCCUCUUUCAUUUUCUUCAUUCUCCAAGAAGCAUUUAGCAAACUUAUAACUUGAGCUUGAAAAUGCUAUGUAAUUUACAUACACAAAGUCCUAUGUAGAGUAGAGUAGAAUCCUCUCCCUUUGGUACUGUUUACUAUGUACUUUAAAUCAAAACCCUCAAAAUGCUCAAUAUAAUGUAACACAAGAAGCUGGAAACAAAAUAUCACAGUCAGUGCGAGAGUAAAUAUUGCUUAAAGCCACAUCAGCAGUAUUGCAGCUAUUCGCGGCUGCACUGCCAGUUACAGAAAUAAUCACAGGCCAGUGAUUUCCUCCAUGAGGCAAUUUUAUACGGGUUAACAUUUUCAUUAAAACAAAAUUCUCAAAUACCAAUUUGUAGCAUUCGCCUCAUGUGAGAUUGUCCGAUGUUUUUCUUUUCACUACUUAAGGCCAUACAAAAUUAAUGAAUAGAUUUUCACCCUCUCCCACCUGAUAAACAGAUGCCUUAAAAAGUUCAAUAAGAAAACAAUAAAAUGGUUAAAAAUAAAAUGCGUCACGUCUCCCAUGUUUUUUAAAUCAGAUUCUAACAAUUAAUUUAUUGCGGCCUUGACAUCCAUAUGCUAGGCAUGCUUAUACUGGAAAUAUAUCUAUCCAUGGUGAGGUUUCUUUUGCGGGCAGUAUAUAUAUAUAUAUAUAUAUAUA